UCAACAAAUAAUCAGGCAAGUGCAACAUUUCGGCUCGUCAGUCUGAAGAGUCAGCAUGGGUUCUCGUCUGAGCAGACAGAACAGUCUGGACAACGAGAAUUUUUCAAGGAGGCGCCGCAAGCAUCUCGACAGCACGGGGGAAAGCGACAGGAGUGGAAGUCGUGGCAGCGGAGACUUCUUGUUUACAUCGCUGAUGCUCAAGUCAGACAGGCUACCGGGGAUGCUGCGCCGAACCAACCACAGCCCCUACGUGCGAAGAGUCACCUGGAUCCGGGAGAUGCAGAAGCUGCUCCGUGAGCGCAAGCUAGACCAGGCGACAGACGUGCUGAAAUUACUGAGGAAGGACCUUGGUUUGGAGGGCACGUCUCUGAAUGAUAUCUUGUAUAAGAACGCGGCCUUCCUGAACCUGGUGGAUCCCAUCUCCCAUGAACUGCUCAUCAGCCUGGCCAAGGACAUGCAGUGCCCCAAGAAGGAUGCGACGGACACCUUGAAGUCGUCGGACAAGAUCUGCCGGCAGCUGAUCUACCACCUGACGCCGCACUCUAAGUGGCUCCGCCAGAGCAUGUCACGGAGGAAGUCACAGGCCUGCUUGAAAAACACCCUUCAGAAGAAGCUGUCCACUGACUCCAUGGACCUUUCCGGAAUCCCCCUGUCCACCCGGGACGUGCGGCACGUGGCCUACCACCUCCAGACCAGCGGCGGCGCUGUGGCCGGCGUGGACCUGAGCUUCUGCGAGCUGCGGGACGAGGGCCUGCGCCUGCUGCUGCCCGUCCUGGCCACGCUGCCCAAGCUCAACACGCUGGCGCUCAACGGCAACCGGCUCACCGUGGCCGUGGUCAAGGACCUGAGCGAGGCCCUCAAGGACCCCAAGAGCUUCUCCUGCCUGGCCUGGAUCGACCUGGGCAACAACGUGGACAUCUUCACCAUGCCGCAGCCGCUGCUGGUGGCGCUCCGGAGACGCUGCAGCCUCAAGAGCAGCCUGCCCACCAUCUACGAGUACACCGAGGGCCAGCCCUACUGCUAUCGCAUGGAGGCCUCCAUUGAGGAGCCCAGUGUCUAUGAAGAAGAGGAGGAGGAGGAGGAAGUGGAAGUGGAAGUGGAGGAGGAGGAGGAGGAGGAAGAGCUAGAGGCUUGGGGCAUUUCCGGGGAUGUCAAGGGUUCGCCUAGUUUUACGCUGCAUUACUGUGAAAGGUGAACUUGCCCCUCCCCACUCUUUGCUGCUUGUCACAUAGCGAAAACACACACACACCUUCCAACAUACGAACAGCCACACUGCGGUCAAUAGGAGGAACGAGAGAGAUAAGGCAUGGAGAAGACAGAGGGAGGAGAGAGUAGCAUACGCUCUCCAUCUAACCAAGAACUUCUCUUUGUCAAAAACAGCUUCAACAACAACUUUCUUGUCUCUCAUUGUAGCACCCAUGACCUAUGAAGUCACAUCACUGGCACAAAGAAGGACAAUACCAUCAGUCAGUGAGAAAUGUUGUAAAAAAAACACCUGUUUGUGACAUUAAAACACC